AUGCAGAAGCGCAUCGAAGCAUGCUUUGUGAAAGCCCUCCAGACUCUGGCAAGAUUUGGAGACACCGGUGAUUUCCGUUUGGAAGAUGCGCUGCAGGAAACUUCUUCAGUAAAGCAGAAAUGGGACCAUGUCGCCACCACCACAACCAGGAGGCCAGGAACGACCAGAGCUCCGGCAAAUCCUGCAGGUAAUGGUUUUGACUUGGCUGAUGCCUUGGAUAAUCGAGAUGAUGGCCGCAGGAAACCAAGUGCAGGAGGAGGAGAAGAUUUGGACGUGCAUUUCUUUGAUCCACAGACAACCCCGAGGACUUAUCCAAAAAAGACAGACAGAUGGGAUCGUUUCACCACUACCACAACCAGGAGGCCCGCAACAACCCGAGCUCCAGCAAAUCUGCCAGGUAUUGAUGAUUUUGACUUGGCUGAUGCCUUGGAUGAUCGCAAUGAUCGAGAUGAUGGCCGCAGGAAACCAAGUGCAGGAGGAGGAGGUGAUGGCCCCUACGGCGGCAGCGAUGACCCAGAAUCUGGGAUGUCUGCAGAGGCGGGCACCAUCGCCGGGGUGGCCAGCGCCCUGGCCAUGGCGCUGAUCGGCGCUGUCUCCAGCUACAUCUCCUACCAGCAGAAGAAGUUCUGCUUCAGCAUCCAGCAGGGCCUCAACGCAGACUAUGUGAAGGGGGAGAACCUGGAAGCCGUGGUGUGUGAGGAGCCCCAAGUGAAAUACUCAUCGCUGCAAGCCCAGACAGCACAGCCGCCGGCGCCCGAGCCGCCCCGGAUCUGAGGCGCCCGCUUGUGCCCCAGCCUCUCUCUCAUCUGGACCCACAGCUGCUUUGUCGACGUCAUUGGCUUCUCGUUGCUCUCAGUUCUCCGGAUGAGCUCUUGGUGUUUGCAAGUUUGGUUUCCGGCCCUGAGCGCGGGCUGGGCCCCAUGCCUGCCGUGUGCUCUGCAGAGGCGUGAUGCUGUAAGCCCAGCCCUGCUUGGGCAAAGGCAGCGCCAGCUUGCCCGCUGGGGACGAGGAUGAAGGAGGCCACUUGUGCUUAGAGGACAAGACUUGAACCUAGGGUACUGUGAUCCACAGACGUGCUGGCUGGGCUCUUUGUGGCGGGCCCGCCUGGGGCAGCGUCCUCAAAAGCUGUAAAUGGGGUGAGCCCCUAGCUAAUACCUGGUAUGUAGGGUGUCUAGGGGUAUCCUUGGAGCCCCUGCAGGGAGCAACUCAGUCAGCACCAAGUAGUACCCCCCCGCCUACACACACACGCGUA